AUGUCAUUCUCAUUCAACAAAGCUGACACUCGGAUCAUAUGUAGCAAACGACAACCUCCAAUCUCACAACAAGAUAUGAUGUCCAGAUUUGAGAUCGAUGCACCUACUUCAUCAACUAUAACACCUUUCCCCCUCUCACCUCCAUCAGCACCUCCACCUGCAUCAGCGGCGACACACCUUCACUAUCAAACCUCGAAUGAACCACUACUUCCGUCGUGGCAUGCCCUGCCGUCUACCUCGGACGCAAGAACGUCAUCGCAUUUCGCACAAGCUCCAUCUGACCAAGUGUCUUUACCUCCGCCGUCAUAUUUUACAGUAGUAGGAGAUAGGAUAUGA